AUGCUGCGGCCCGUGAUAGAUGGCGAGUACUGGUCUGGCCCAGACAGCAUCACAGUGGAGCCGCAACAGAGCAAGAACUACGAGCUGACCUACCGACCCCUGACCAUGACCCAGGAGGGAAAGAAACACACGGUAUGUAGACUGACGUAUUUUUUGUUUGAUUUGGUGAAUCACUACCCUCAUGAGUUCCUCUAAGACUCUAGUAGGCCCCUUGUGAUAUAGCAAAUUGUUAUGUUAGAAGGUAAUGAUCGAAUAGCACAAAAUUAUACCGGGUAUAAAGAAAGGGGCUUGGCGGUGAUCUUGACUUAGAUUCGCGCUGGUUCCUUUAUUUUUUGUGAGUUACACCAUAAGUGUAAAUUACUAUUUUGCGUCGAUGUUUUCCCUGAUGAAUGUAGUUGUAACAAAUACGAAGGUAUAGAUCUGGUUUCGUUUCCUGUACAGAUAUUUCUUUCUUCCACUUACAACUCCGAAAGGGAUAAAUGUUCCAUGAGUUUUGAAUGAAAGCUUGAGGCCGUUGCAGUGAUAGCUUAAUAGCCUGCGUUUCAGACGAAAUGUACCCCAUAUAUACCGGCCUUAACGUGCGUCUGUAACGAAAGUAAUACUUGCAAGUGAGUACCUAGUAGCGUUAUAUCAUCGUCAUAUCAACAACGAUGAAAAGAACCUGGUUGAGGGAAGUUUGUUUUGAUAGCGCACCCCCAGACCACAAAACCACCCAUAUUUUUGCGUAGUCAAGUGCGCGCGAACAGUCAAACAAAAGGCAUGGAGCGAGGUUGAAAACGGAGAGUGAGACUUGGCAUAGACGUUUUUUCCUCUCGCCUCACACUCCUCGCGCGUGGAGGCUCUGAUGUUCGCGCCUUGAAAAAGCGAUUUAAAGGAAAAACCGACUGUUUUGCAGUCUACUACACCGCUAACUUUCAACAUUUCUGUUUGCUACAGGGCUCUGUGUUUUUCGCCCUCCCGGAUGGCAAUGGGUUGUUGUACAAUGUGACAGGUAGCGCUGAGGGUCCGAAGCCAAUUAACAACAUACAAAGAGAGGUGCCUUGCAAAACGUUUUACACUGAAAUGCUGACUGUCACUAACUGGCUACGGCGACCUCAAAGGUUUGUACAGUUCUUUGUCUUUUUCCACCUCUCGUGGGAUUAUGUCUUUGAUUGUGUAGUAACAAGCUUGGCCCUAUGGUUGAUAAUGAGUACAAAGUAGAUUCUAUAGAUGGUGUACAUUCUAUUUAUGCCUAUGGAACAACUAGCUUUUACAGUGCGGUCAUCGUUUUCUCGGCCGUGAUAGGUUAUGAACGGUUUCAAAAAUGGACUCGCAUAUGUUAAUUGGAAGUGGUAAAAUUUAGAGGCCGAUGCGUGGUAUAUCAUUGCUGGCAACAUCGUGCGGUGGUGCUCACAACGUAAGUGCAGCAUUGGAGGCAACAUUACCCAUAGCCAAUUACGGACAUGUGUCACGAACAGUUGGUCUAACUUUUUGGUUAGGUUACCAACUUGUCACAUAACUGAAGCAAUGGAUGGGUCAUUCAGUUUAAUACUGUUCAAUUAAAUAUUGAGACAUUCUGUUGAUACUCGUAUAUUUCAAUAGAUUUCGCGUGAUUAUUGAGAUGUUGAAACCUGACAAACCUGACAGUGCUACCACACUGAAAGGACUAGACUACAUCGACGUGCCGGGUUUGUCCAAGCGUGAUUACAGGUUGAACUUCUUUGCGCAUAAAGAAGGAACUUUUAGUGCUAAGGUAAGGUCCAUGUGCUUGUGUAGUAUGCCUACCCUACCCCCAUCUAUCUUGAUUUUUCUGUGCCAUCUGGAUAAACCACUGCCACUGACUGCUUUCAAGGCGUAGCGGUUUGCUUCUGGUAUUAUUAAUUCCCUUUGAUGUGAUUACCCAAACGUUCAUAAGUCCAUUUUCUCUCAGUACUGACUGUUUCAACUUACUUUAACCUGCAGGUGAUCUUCCGUAACGAGCACGGUGGGGAAUAUUUAUUUUAUUACGUGACGUUCAAGGCAGUGGCUCCUGGGGUGAUGGCUACUAUUGAUCUGGCCACACCCAUACGAAAAAGUACCUCCCAUGUGGUGACGUUGCACAAUCCUCUCAGUACCCCUGUGACAUUCAACUCUCAGUGCUCCGUAGCAGACAUACAGCUUCCUCCGAGUUUCACUGUGCCUCCUUUAUCCGAGGUUUGUAUCUCAGUCCAUGUUGACGUGUUACUAGUGAGCAAAGACGUUUUUGAGCGAUGCACGUCAAACCGGAAGUGGACUUUUUUCGUGCUUAACCAGUGGUUUUGCCCAAAUUUUCGGGCAAAUCGUCUCUAGAAGAGUGAAGGCACUUAGCAAGACAAGUUUGGUAACGUCAAGACACUUUACAAUGAAAAAGACUUUACUUCCGGUUGACGCGCAUCACUCAAAAUGGCCUUUGCUCUCUACUGACACUUGUGAUCGACCAGGGAUCGCGGAUGGGAGGUUGACGUACAAAACCCUGUAACAUUACACCGUUAAAUAUCAACAUGUGCCUGUCGGCAUCCCCAUUGUGACUUGUUGAUUCUCUACCAAAUUCUCUUAUUUUCAGGUUUAAUGCCUUGCUUUGAAAGUUGAGACUUGUGCAUUUGUUUAUUUCAACUUUAUUUUCUUUGUAUUUGUGUUUGGUUAAUUAUGAUAUUUUGUUAAACUGAGAAAAAUAAGUGUUGAUCAAUUGAUUGAAUUGAUCCGUAAUAUAUGCCCCUGUCCCCUAUUUUCGCAGGGGUAAGCCCAAAUCCGCCUGCUUGGAAAAGCCACGGAUAAGAGCAAAAUACAGUUCAAACUUAAAAAGUUCGGAAAAAAAAAGAAAAAUUGGAUGCUUCUUCUGCUACAGCUUAUCAUUUACAGAAUGUUUAGAACAACUUGAAAUGACCUUGUAGUAUAUCAGAUUUGUAUUCUGAACUUACAGUUAGCAUAAAUCGUGAUUCUGACCAUGUCUCAAGUAUUAAUUAGUUUUUAUUCAUAUGUCUUUCAGGGCUCGUGUAUGUUUGAAUAUCUACCCCUGAAGGCCGGUGAAUUGAUUGGCCGACUGUCAUUUAGCAGUUCAGAACUUGGUGUUUACCAGUAUGAUCUAAACCUGACGGCUACCCCUGCUGGUUCCGAGGCUCCUGUUCACUUCCGCACCGCUCUGGGCUCUAGUCAAAGUCAGACUUGUCGUUUUGUGAAUUUUGCCAAGUCUAAAGUCGAGUACAGCUGUAAGGUAAUAACAGUUUAUGUUUUUGUUCGUGAGGCUUUUUGGCUGGUUACUGUCUUUUUUACUCUGAGGAAGUAGCCUGAGAAAGCAGGCGACAUACUUCUAGUUUCCCGCGAAGUGAGGUCUGAGGAACGAGCCCAGAAAUUCUUUACUGAUGAGGUGUCACUACCCAGAUCUGGGUAGUGCUUCUGAUUGAUCGUACCGCGAGGGAAAUUUGCUUCAGAAAAUCAGUGGCACUCCAGAUCCCAGAUCAGAAAGCAGCUGUUAGAAAUAGCGUGUGCGUUUAUACGUUUAUGCGACUCGAGAUAAUGCGUUUGACGUCGAAAGGUUUUUUGCCGUGAAGACUAAAAUACUAUCCUUGCCGUUUUAUUUAAUUUACCAUUUGACUGUAUCAUUGCUUGAUAGAACUAGUUCCAAAAAGACCCAUUACGUUAGCGAGACUAUUUAAAAUUGUAUUUACUUGUGAUUAUUUUAACCUGAACGUGGCCGUAUCAGGCAAAUUGAUAAUUAUGUGAAUAAAAUUGAAAGAGACUAGGUAUCAUAUAAGUACUGAGUUUUCCCCUAGUCUUUGCUGCAACUGCGUAUUUUUUUGCAACUCAACUUAUAAAUUAAACUGACCGCCUCAACGUUUCAUUUCAGGUGGAUAGUACGGACUUCCACGUGGAAAAGUCAAUCACCGCUGCUUCGGCGUCGAGCGGCGGUACGGAAGUCGGCGUGGAAGUAACGUAUGAACCGUCCCGUCUGGGUGAUACCCGUGGGACGCUAACCGUCUUCUCGGCGGUUGGGGGUGAAUACGUGUUUCCUCUGUUUGGUCACUGUAGCCCCCCUAAGCCUCAAGGACCGUACUCAAUCAAGGCUGGCGCUACUACAUCGAUCCCAUUCAAGAACGUGUUUUCACACACCACUCAGUUCACCUUUUGUGUGGAUAGUCCUUGUUUUAAUGUCAAGGCAAGCGAGAGUAUUCGCGGAAAAAAGAUCCACAAUGUCAUUGUCGGCUUUGAGGGAAACCAUGGUGGUUCCAAGGCCCCGCGCAUGGGAAGACUUAUGGUCACGUGCCCCAGGAGUGCAGGUGGUGCUGGAAAUGUCGCGUGGACUUUCUAUUUAAAGGGUGUAACGCCGUGA